GUACUACAAUUUACCGCCGACCAAAUUCGCCAAUGAGUACAACGAGUUCGAGAAGCUCCUCCGGGCCUUGCCAGUGGAUGGUGCCAUCAAGGCGCUUGACAUGCUGGAGACCAUCACCCGAAACACAGCACAGAACCCGCAGGAGGAGAAGUACAGGCGGGUCCGUACCACCAACGACAAGUUGUCUGUACUCUUCAGCCUUCCCGGGAUUAUCCCCGUGAUGCAGAGCAUGGGCUGGGAGCAGGACGGGGAGUUCAUGCAGCUUCCCAAGAGCGUGAAGCUGGAUUUUCCAAAUCACGUGGUCAAGAUCUUAGAGGCGAAGAGCCACUUCGGCAAGCUCCAGGAGUCUGAGAAGCGUGCCGCCAAGCUCGCGCAGGACCCCAACAAAGCUGAGUUGCUCAAGCAGCUGGAGCUGGAUCGAAGGGAACGCUCUUCCGUUCCCAGGCCAGAGGUCCAAGCCACGCCGGUGGAGCAGAUGUCCGAGGAGGAGCAGAUGCAG